UUUGAACGGCAAAAUAACCAAUACCACGAUUAUAUAAAUUGACAAUAUAACUUAACUAAAUGUCAGUUCCUCUAUGGAAAGUACCCUUUACACCAUGAACUACGGUGCCCGGAACUAAUGUCAUCCUCCAGUUUACGUCGGUGACCUUAUGAUGUAGCAACGGAGACAAAUGUCAGGAGCGUGGAAGGACAUUACAAGACGCAAUCAUGUAUAGAUUUAUAUUCCGGACAGUGUGCACGGCUAGACAUUCUUCAGCCAGUGUAUUUGAGUCGUGUGUGUUUACAGCUAAAUGUGACAAGUCUGCAGCUCCAGUCUUAAGGGUUGCACAUGGAGGUGGAGUCAAAGCCCUCAGCACAAGUUCAGUAAGACUCUGUGAAAAGAAAAACAAUGGUGCCGAUUCUAAUCAAGUUGAGAAAACAAAUAUAGAUAAAGACACUGAGCCAACAGAAACUCCAACUGUGGUUACACAGAAAGCCGAAGAUGACUGCAACAUUACCAAGAUGGCUGAACAUAAGGAGGAGCCGGCAGUGUUAAAGACCGACGAGGGAGGUACCACGCAGCGGCAGGUGGAUGUUGAAAUUGAGCAGGUCGUGGCCAAGUCAAAACAAGUGAAGACUGAUGCAGCGAAGAGCGGGAAAGAGAGUCUCCUCGACCUUCUUGGAGCCAUGAAGGUGGAAGUAACUAGUAAGAGGAAGCUCAAAAACAUGACAGUGAAGCCGAGUUAUGAGUCUACACCCAAGUCAAAGCCAGCAGCUAUGGAGAGCACUAUCAGUAUGUUUCAGAAGGCUACAGUGGAGGCUUCAUCACAGAGAGAGACACUGGAUCCUGAACUGGUUGCAGCCGCGUCUGCCGCUGCCUCCACUCUGCCUGACCGCAGCCAGGCUGAGUCUGAGCUGCUGAAGCAGCUGAGGCAGCACGAGACCAUCACUGAGGCCCAGAAGAAAGGGGACGUGAACAACCUCGGAGUAAUAAUCGCUGACAUGAAAGUCGGAAAGAAUCCCAACCGGCAGAACGCUCGGCCAGCUAAUCAGAUCCGUUUUGAUGACGACGGGCGAGGAUACACGCACGACAGAGGAAUCACUGCUGAGCUGGACGGUGUUCGGAGGAGGAGGAACUUGUUCACAGGGAAAAGACUUAACGUCUUCUCUCCCACUGCUGAUGAAGAUGGAGUUGAAUCAACAGUUGCACGGCCAACUCUAUGGGACGUGGACUUUGCUAUUCAGUUGUCUCUGUCGACCAACCAAAAGCCCCGCAACGGGCUUGAGGAAAUGAUCCAGUGGACCAAAGAGGGGAAACUGUGGCAAUACCCCGUCAACAAUGAAGUUGGCCUCGAGGAGGAAGCCGGUGUCCCGUUCCACGAGCACAUCUUCUUAGAGAAACACUUGGAGGAGGGUUUCCCCCGACAGGGACCAGUGCGUCACUUCAUGGAGCUCGUGGUGGCCGGUCUGUCCAGAAACCCCUUCCUGACAAUCCAACAGAAGAGGGAACACGUUUCCUGGUUCAGAGACUACUUCCACCAGAAGGAGGAAGUCCUCAAGGAGGCUGACGUUUACCUCAACUGAGCUCAAGACAAUUGCAUACGUUUUCAACAUUUGUUGAAUGUGGACACAUUAAACUAAGUCCUGUUUAGUCAGCGGGGCUUUGCAUCUAUGAUCGUUUUUUACUCACACAGGUUGUAUUUCUUAACUCUUCCAGGAGGCCUGUUAGAGUGGACGGGCAUCAAGUCUGCGUCCUGGUGUCGAACAUUGAACAGUGUGUACUGUCUCUAAAAUGUUGAUCGGACUAUAGAACAACUGUUGAGAUGUUGCCUGUACAAAGUAUACAUACAAUAUAAAGCAACAAAAGUA